AUGUCUCGAACCCACACUCUCGAAAUUCCUAAGAAUAAUAGGAAAAGGCUAAUCAACAGGUUGAUAGAAGCCAUAGAGAGCCUUUCUUGUAAUGAAAUGGAGGAGCAUGGUGACGUUAUCCAUAUAAGUGGCUUCAAGCAAGAUGAAUGGAGUGAAACAAAGAUGAAGUUCAUGAGGAAGUAUGGGCACAUGAAGUGA